UGACCACGGUCUUAUGCUGGGCAAUACGACUUGGGUUUUUGCCUGCAAGUCAGUGAGUACGAAUGAGAGCAGUUGGCACAUUAAAUAAGAAUGGACUCCUGUUCAUCAUCUCAUCACAGGACUGUGAACAAUUGAACCUGCUUUCCCCUUUUUGUGCUUUGCCAGUCACCACUUUGCUUUACAAGUUGGAAAUACAAGAGAAGAAGAAUUUGAAGUAAAAGAAGAAGAAGAAGAAGAAGAAGAAGACGAAGAAGGUGGGUUGAUAGAAACAUAGAGAGAGAUGCCCAGGCCAGGGCCAAGGCCAUACGAGUGUGUGAGAAGAGCAUGGCACAGCGACAGACAUCAGCCCAUGCGCGGAUCCCUCAUCCAAGAGAUCUUCAGGGUGGUGAGCGAGGCGCAUAGCCCGGCCACACGACGCAACAGGGAAUGGCAGGAGAAGCUCCCUUGUGUUGUCCUCAAGGCUGAGGAGAUCAUGUACUCCAAAGCCAACUCCGAGGCGGAGUAUAUGGACCCAAAGACACUCUGGAGCCGAGCUGUUGAUGCCAUUGACACCAUUAUCCGCAGGGAUGACGCUAACGAGAGCCAAGACCUUCUCCAGCCCUGCAUUGAAGCGGCCCUUAAUCUGGGUUGCACUCCCAGAAGAGCUUCAAGGAGCCAGCGUCACAGCAAUCCGGGGUGUUAUCUAAGCUUCAAUGCCUCACGGGAUGUGUCUGCUUCUGCUGUUGUCCCAAAUAAAGUCACCGACCAGAAUAAGAUGCAUCAUUUGGCCUCUUCUGCCACUUUGAUGCCACAAUUGCCUUGCCAUUCCACUGACCUUCAGAACUCAUCUUCCCCGCUCUACACCACAUUGCUCGGACCUUCUACAACCAAUUCUGCCUGCCGAGGGGCCGAACCCAUGUCUUUAAAUGCUUCUCCUGAAUUGAAAGAUUACUCCGCAAACUCUAUGUCAGAGUACCCUUUUGCUGGCAACAGUUCGUUCCUCAAUUGGCUACCUGCUGGUUUAUCUAUCCCUGGUGACUCCUGCACCUUGUCAAGCUAUGGCCGCGUGUAUCCCUUGUACUAUGGAGAGCCCCAAUUUAGGACAGUUCCUCAACAGUGUGGUCAAAAUUCUCAAGAUGCUAUUUGUAACACUGUCACAACUGUGGAUACUUCUGUACUGCCUUUUGGACAGGUUGAGAUGGAUUUCUUGCACAAUUUUCUCGGCACUAGUCCUGCCACAGAUUCUAAAAGCAGAGGUUCAAGGAUUGAAGAGCAUUCUGUGCGCCCCCCUCAUCCUGCAUGCAGCUUAUCUCUAGGCUUGGGUUUGCCUUUAGGUCCUACAUUGUCUGCGGAAAAUGCAUGGGCUUAUAGGUUUGAGAACAUGGCUUCAGAUGAUUCUUGUGAAGGUAAAAGUUCAUGCUACUGAUGAUCCUCUGAAAUCCUGCUCCAAUGAAGCUCUUAGAGGGAGCAUUGUGUUCGGAUUAAUCCCACAUAAUGUUAAUGUCAAGCGGCAUGUGGCUAAGUUUGGUACUUGUGUUGCUCCUCUUUUGUCUACCUUGAGUUGUGCAUGACAUCAGAACAUGACCAACACAAUUGUUAAGGUCAUUUGAAUAUCUGUUGUCAUACUGUUGUAGCUGUAAAAUUUUAGUCUUUUAAGACAGCAAAAAUCUAAUUCUGCUAGUUAGAAGAUGAUGCCA